AUGGAAUAUUUCUCUAGUGAUGAGGAAAGCUCUACAACCACUGUAAUAACACAAAACCCAAAAAAGAACCGGAAUAUAUCACUGUGCCUUUCUGUUUGUAUGAUUUCAUUCAAAAUAAAGCAGACUCUUUCUUUAUUAUCCAAGAAGCCAUUUGUCCCUGUAUCCCAUCCAUCCGCCUUUAAUAUUUAUAUGAAAGAAAAAGGGAAGGAGGAAUAUAAGGAAGACAGUGCAAGAGAUGGUCUAAAUAGACUCAAACUCUUUCUUUCCCUCUGUGAAUUAGGGAUUGAAUGCAGAAUUGUGUAUAAAAUACGGCUGAAAGACUUGGCAUAUGAAGAGUCUUUAGAUAUAGUCUCAGGGAGAGCUAUUAUAUCAGACAGCCAAGACUUUAAAUCGGAGCACAUUAAUAUUGCAAUUACCUGUUAUGGCACUGUUAUUAACAAUACUAUAUAUGGAAAUAAAAAAAUAACUGCCGCAUUAGAAUCCGAAAUUCCCAGAAAUACAAAUGAGAACUGCCCGUUUUAUAAACAUGACUGUAGCCACUUGAACAUCCUCCCUACAAAUAGAAAAGAGGGAAAUAUUCAUCCGCUAUACAGAAUAGAACCAGACAAUAAAAGGUACUUAAUAUAUCCUAAGACUGUGGGUGCAGUGGGAAUGAUAAAGGACACAACAAAAAGACACAUUAAAAAAUCAAAGAUCCAAAAAGACAAUUCACUAAAAAUAUAUCCAAUAUCCCACUUACACCGGCUUCUGACGUAUAAUGACAUCCUACAAAGGAAUAAAAUCCUAAUAGAAGAUGCCAUCCCAUUCAGAAUAAUAAAGAAAGAUAGUCCAAAGAUGCCCCGAAAAUACAAUAAGCACAUAAACCCAAGCAAAAAACAAGUUUUGCCACUGAAUAUUCAAUCUACUCCAUCUCCAAGGACUGAAAUACUCAUAAAUCCAAUACCUGGUGCUGAAUUGGAUAGUACUAUACAUACUGAAUUGGAUAAUGAAUCUGAGCGUAUUAUAAAAAUAUAUGCACCAUGGCAAAUAACUAAUAAAAAGGAAUGUACUACUAAUCAAUCUCAAUAUCCUAGUGUGAUUAUACCCAAUAUGAUUCCUAAAGAUAUGGUAUAUUUACUGGAAACAGAGUUAAUUAAGCAUAAUAUACCUGGUAUAGGACAUAUCCCUUAUAUAGGAAACAUUUAUAAUUACCACGAUAAAAGAGUAGAAAAGGUUUAUAGUGGAUUGUUAUUAACUAAGACAGAGUAUACUUCCCAUAAAACAGAUAUUGUAAAACAUAUUCACAGCAGUCUAAUACGUGCUAUUACAAUACAGAAAAGUAAACUAAUCCUAAAUAUUCAGGUUAUAUCCAGUUUGUGUAUGCAAUAUUUAGACGUACUAAGUAAUAUUAGCUAAACCCAAUGAUUAAAAGACUCUCCUGCUGUAUAUGUGAAUAUACUAUACUUCACCCUUUACU